GACAAGAAGCUCAGUUUCCAUUGUAGAAUAAAACAAAUACAAUGUCAAGAAGACACAGUACUGGAGGUAGUAACCAUGGAGCUAGUUCAUUGAGAAUGAUACUUAGAUCAUUAGGAAGAAAAAAAGCCAAUUCUUGGGACAAGCAUAUGCAAUAUGGUAGAAAUGAUACAGGCAAGAAAAACCUCAAUGCAGAGGAAGAAAGGAGAGAAAGAAGAAGACAGAAAAUAAUCAAAGAAAUAUUCGAUACUGAAAGAACUUAUCAACAUCAUUUACAAUGUAUUCUUAACUGUUAUGUGCGUCCAUUACAGACAGCAUGUCUGAUGCCUCUCAAUUCACUUAAUACCAUAUUUGGGAAUGUAGAGCAGUUAGCAGCAGUGAACAAGGAAUUGUUAAAUCACAUGGAAACACUUGGGAUUGGAAUUGCGUUCUUAAAAUUAGCGCCGUAUCUCAAACUCUACUCAAUGUAUGCUAACAAUUAUGAACAAGCAUCAUCCUCCUUACAGGAAUGGACAAAGAAAAGCAGUGAUUUCUCAGCGUUUAAAAGAUUACAAGAAGAGAAAGAAGAAAAUAAAGGAUUAAAAUUAGAAGCCUUAUUAAUUACACCAGUACAGCGAAUACCAAGAGACUGUGUACAGAAGUAUUACUCUUAUAAAUGGAAGUACAGUUUACAGUUUCUUGUCAAUUCUGCAGAAGCUGCAAAUCGAGUCAGUGAUGUUGCGAGCUCCAUCAAUGAACAUGUGCGACAACAUGAAAACUUUCAGAAGAUGUUGUCUAUACAGAAUAGUCUAACAGGAGAUGGUGCCCCAAAAAUACUGGCACCGGGUAGAAGGUUUAUUAGAGAAGGCAUUCUACUGAAGGUUUCUAAAAAAAGUUCCAAGACCAAUGAGAGGAUGUUGUUUUUGUUCAACGAUAUGCUAAUAUGUGCCAAGUCCAACUUACUGGAGAAUUCUGAAUGCAAUAAGACUUACAAUUGUCGUUGUAUUUUACCGUUAUUGAAAAGUGAAUUACAGAUAGUUUUGGGUGAAUCCCAGACCAGUAGUGGUAUUUUAUUUAAGGUGGCUGGUCCGGAUAAAUGCUUAUUAUUAUUUGAGCCAAACCAGGGAGUCGGUAUGCAAUGGAUUAAUGAGAUCCAGAACGCUAUCACAUCUAUGAAACGAGAUAGAGCUUCACUCAGGAAAGAAAGCAGUGCUAGGAGAAAUAGUCGCACACCAAGGCGGCGUAAAUUGCUUGCUUCAAGAAGACCAUUGGGGAAAAGAUCAGAUUUUGAGGUUGACCCUCUGACCUCCACUUCAGAUGUCAUAAACCAGUGUUCAAUUGAGAAUGACAAAUUUGAUGUACCAACUGAAUUAGAGACAUCACUGAAUGACAGUAUGACUCAAAGUCCUUCUUUCCAUGAAUGA